AUGCUAAAAUGGCUACUCCUUCCGAUCCCUGUGUAUUUCGGAGGUGUUUAUGCAGGAAAAUACUUGAUUGAUGAACAAGCUAAGAUGAGCUUUACUAAGAGAUGUAAAUUAGUAGGUCUAGGAUCAGAGAAACACUUCGUAACUACUGAAGAUGGGUACAUCCUGCAAUUGUUUAGAGUCACCUCUGGCGAGAGUCAGAGUGAAUGUCCUCCCGUAUAUUUCCAGCAUGGGUCACAGUCCUCAGCAAUGGACUGGGUAGCAAAUAAAGAGAAAAGCUCUCCAUUCAUACUUGCAAAGAACGGAUAUGAUGUAUGGGUAGCCAACGCUAGAGGAUGAGCUUAUAGUCAGUUCCAUAAGUACCUUGACCCAAAUGAGGAUCCAGAAUAUUGGGAUUUCUGUUUUGAGGAUAUGGCUAAAUAUGACACUAAAGCAGUCAUUGAGUAUAUUAGGAAGAACAACGAUCAUAAGUCUCAUAAAGUAAGCUAUAUUGGGCAUUCACAAGGAAGUGCAAUGAUCUUAAUAGCUCUAUCUGAAGAUUUGAAAUGGUACCAAGAUAAACUAAGUAUUGCAAUCGCUUGAGCCCCUGCUACAAGGAUGGAUGCCAUCAAAGCAAAAACCUUAAAGAAAGUGUGUGAAAAUGAAUCAGUUCAUAAACUGAUUAACAAAGCCACUAUCCAUCAGAUGCAUCGCCCAAAUGCAGUAUUCAAUGGUGCAUGGUGUGGUUUAUCUAAAUUAUGCCCACCCUUAAUGAAAAAAUCAAUGAAAUAAGUUCAAUGAUGCUGAUCCUACAGUAAAUAACCUAAACUCUUGCCAGAUAUUCUGGUACCAUCACCCAAGCGGAACCUCAUUCAAAGCUCUAAAGCACUGGAGUCAGAUCAUAAAGCACGGAGAGUUCAUAAAAUUUGAUUAUGGGAAGGAGAAAAAUCUAGAAGUUUACGGGACAGAGACCCCUCCCAUGUAUGAUCUUGUAGGAAUCCAAAAAUCAAAAAUCCCGAUUGCCAUUCUGUCAGGCAAGCAUGACCUUCUCGCAGCCACUGAAGACUGUGAAUGGACGAAGGCUCAGCUAGGAGAAAGCCUCGUUUUUGAUAAAGAAUAUGACUAUGGGCACAUGACCUUUCUGUGUGGCAAAGAUAAUUCUUAUAUCUAUGAUAUUAUGAAGCUGCUUAAAGAGUAUAGUCAGUAA